CAUUCUGCUGGACCCUUUCCUUUUUCUUUUUGUUUCGAUAUAUUUUAAAAAACAAGAUAUAAACACACAAAUGAAAAAAGAUGGCACACGUUUACUAACACGUGGCGAUUACAUUAUUGAGCGUAUAGCACGUGGAAUUUGAUACUCGUUUGAGAAAUGCUGAGUGCCAAGGAGCUUAUGGAAAUUCGGGCUAAAAAGGCUCAUCCCAGAAGUCUUCCCUCCAUGCCACCAAAAGAUUUCAUCCCCACACAUUCUGCUGAAGAAACUGCCUCUGUUAAUGACAUGAUUGAAGAGAAAAUUUCUUUCAUUAAAGAAGAAAGGGCUGAGAGAAGGAACUUGCUUACAAGAGGUGAUUGGCUUCCUCAGGAAAAUGUUGCUGUGGUUGAUAAAAAAGUUGGUGGAGGCUGGGAUAUUUUUGGACACAACAAGAACGGCAAAACUUUUCUUCAUCCAGAAGAAGCACUGUUCCUCAUCGAAGUGUCUAAAUUAGAGUUGUGCUACUCUGGUACCCCAGUCAGUGUUCAACAAGCAUACCAACUUUUGCUUGCUGAAAAUUCAUGUUCAAUUCUCAAGUAUCGCGUGUAUUCUCACUUGUGCCGGCAAGGCUAUCGUCUCAUUCGUAGAGUCAAUCCUCCUCCGGUUAUUUCUACAAAGCGGAGUGGUGAAUCUAUGGAGAAUUUGAAUCCCAAAAGAUUGAAGGUGGAAGACAAACAGCCUAAUCACAUUGUUAACAGUGUAACAAUUGUCGAUAUGGAAACAACGGCUGUUAAUUUGCCUAUUGAAACUGAUAAUGGACCCGUAAAGUUGCGAUUUCUGACUCCAGCGGCUGAACCAAGUGACUAUGACUGCAUUCCGCAUCUCUUAAGCCCUGGAACGGAAACAAUUGAAAUUAAAUUCCCUGAUCAGCAACUUAUUCCUGAAAACACUCGCAACCGACAAAGUAGCUACGUCCUCAACAAAAGGGAUUUCUACAUUUUUUCGGAACUCGAAGAAAUUCCGACUAAUCUCAACUUUGCUUCAAACAAUCCACUUUUCAGCGGGAAAACUAAACCUCUUCUUCUGGGGAAUUUCAUCGGAGAUCCGUACUAUGCUAAUUAUGGAUUGUACAAUCCAUCCACAGAAGAAUUGAAUCAACACAACGAUGACGAUGAAUUGCAAGUUUGUUACGACGUCUAUUCUCCAGGUCGGCAUUUCCGCAAGUCCAAUCCUGGCCCACCGUGUUAUAUUUUGGCUAUCGCUAAAUGGACCUCAAAGCCACCUAGUCUGUCGUGUUUUGAACGAUUCAAACGACGAUGUGGUUCCGAAAGUGUGCCUUUAAUCGCAGUCACAGGCGAAGGGUCUCAGGUGUCAUUCUAUCAGUUGAAAGGAGUUGUCAGUCCAAUGUAAACAGUUAAUAUUUUUGUGUAUUUCAUCUUCAUGUGUUUCCCCCCACCUCAGAGAAUUAACCAAGAAAAAAACUACCACCCAAACAAUUGGGUGAAUGAACAAGGAACAAAUAGUUCUCUUUAAUCUGAACACGAUAUCAUCACUUUAAUUGCUCCGCCGGCACCAGUACGGGCUGUUUCAAAGGCUUUCACGGUUUCUUCCAGUUUGAACCGAUGGGUGAUUAAUGGUUUAACGUUGACACGUCCACUAGCUACCAGCUGCAAUGCUGUUGGAUAGCUGUAAUUUUUAAACCGUUGUAGAUGUUAAUUUACCAAUCAAGUUAUUCAAGGAUUUACCAAUUGGCGUAACGGAAAAUCCCCCUAAUAUCAACUUCACGGACGGCUGCGUUAACAAUUGGCAAUUUGAUUUCUGCUGGUCCCAGUCCAACCAAAACGACAACUCCUCCACUUUUAGUUCC